CGUUACGAUUGGGCUGAGUGGAGCAACGCAACAGCAGCAGCAGCCGGGCAACGAUGGACGACGAGGCGCUGAGGGCGAUGAUGCCCAUGAGCUUCGGCAAGGCGAGUCGAAAGGGUCCUGCGCCUGCGCCUGUGUCGGCGAGCCAAAAUGCGCCCGUCAAGGGGCCGACUCGGCCACCAGGAGGCGACGCGGCGGAAGAGGAGGACGAUGAGGACGACGAGGACGAGGACGGGGAGAGGGAAACAUCAGCAGGGACCAAUGGAAUGGAAAGACAGGGACAGCAGCAAGAUCAAGACGAAGACGACGACGGCUUGACUGCGGAAGAGAGGGAAGCGAAUCGGCGAGCAAUGGAGGCCCAGGGAUCAGGCGAUGAUGAUGACGACGACGACGACGACGACGAUGACGAUGACGAAGAUGACCUCGGACCUGAGCCUAUGGGGCCUGAUUCGUCCGCAGGUAUCCCACUGGAGAGCGAGGUUGAGCUGCGGGACCACAAAAAGGCCAUCACGGCCAUGAGCGUCGACGGAUCGGGGGCGCGAGUCGCCACGGGUGCAUUCGACUAUGACGUCAAGCUCUGGGAUUUCGGAGGCAUGUCGUCGAGCUUCCGCCCCCACAAGACAUUUGAGCCCGCUGGGUCGUACCCCGUCACCGAUCUGGCCUGGUCGCACUCGGGCGACAGCCUGCUCGUCACCUCGGGCACCGCCCAGGCCAAGCUGUUUGACCGCGAGGGCGGCCUGCUGGCCGAGUACAAGAAGGGCGACGUCUACAUCCGCGACAUGAAGCACACGUCGGGCCACGUCGCCGAGAUCACGUCGUGCUGCUGGCACCCAUCUUUGAGAAAUGUGUUUGCGACGGCGAGCGCCGACAGCUCCGUGCGGCUCUGGGACGCCGACGAGCGGCUCAAGCAGCAGACGGUCGUCGUCGUCAAGAGCAAGGAGCGGGGCACGCGAACGAAAGUGACAACGUGCGGCUUUGCCUCGGACGGCAAGAUGCUCGCUGCCGGCUGCGAGGACGGCGCGCUGCACAUCUGGUCCACCUCGGGCACAUACAGCCGGCCCAAUGCCACGGUGGAGGGCGCACACAGCAGGGGCAGCGGCAUCACGAGCCUGGCUUUCACCAACGACGGCCGGUGCAUGGCCACGCGCGGCGGGAGCGGCGACGACUGCGUCAAGCUCUGGGACAUUCGCUCUUUCAAGAAGCCCCUGGCCGAGCAGGGCGACCUGCCGACAAAGUACAGCGCGACGAGCGUCAUCUUCAGCCUCGAUGAGAGCGCCGUCCUGACGGGCACGACCGAGGACAGGGGCCCCGGCAGCAUCCGCGUCCUCUCGCGCACCGACCUGGCCCCGCUGCGCACCAUCCCUGUCCUCGAUGGCAGCGGUGGUGGUGGCUCGAGUGAUGCAGCAGCAGCAGCAACGGCUAACAGCACAGGCGGGAGCGUCAUCAAGCUGCAGUGGCAUCCCAAGAUCAACCAGCUGUUUGCCUCGACGUCCACCGGCACUGCCCACGUCUUCUACUCGCCCACGUCGUCGGUCCGCGGCGCGCUGCUGUGUGUGGGCAAGCGGGCCAAGACGAGGCGCGACCUGGAUGCCGUCAUGGCCGCCAACGAGUUUGACGGGCCCAUCAUCACGCCCGGCGCGCAAAACGCCGCGGACCGGGGCCAGGGCGUGGGCCAGAUGGCCAAGAAGCGCAAGCUGGAAAAGAUGCGGCAGGACCCGAGGGCGACGAGGAUGCCCGAGAAGCCCCUCGAAGGGCCCGGAAAGGGCGGACGCAUCGGCUCGGCCGCGACGCAGCACAUGGUCCAGGGCAUCUUUCGGGACAACUCGCGGAGCGAGGACCCGCGCGAGGCUCUGCUCAAGUACGCCGACAAGGCCGACGCGGACCCGAAGUGGACAAAUGCGUGGGCAAAGACGCAGCCAAAGCCAAUCUAUUCCAACGACGACGGCGAAAACGACGGCGACAACAACGGCGAGGCAGGAGGCCAGUCGAAGUAGAAAUCCACUCCUCAUUCUGUAUAGUACUGUUCAAUGUGCAAGAUUUCCUCGUAUCAUGAU